UAAACACUUCAAUCGACCUCGGGAGGACCAGUCAAUUGCAGGCCAAAGCUGCUUAUGGACUAGAGCGAGCUAGUCCAUUACAUUAUACACCACUCGCAGUACACAAGUCCUCUGCCAUCAAACAUUCAUUACCUGUACUCAUCACUGCCUGUGUGUAUGCAUACAACGAUGAGUGUCCAGCAACCACUCAGGGCGCUCACGCGACGCGCGACACCCUCUCAAUGCCUCCAUCUCGCGCCGACAGCCGCGCACCACAAGCCGCGGAUAUGGAGCAGUGACCGCAACAUGGCCACCGUCGUCCCCGCCCCGCCCGUCACGCAGAACGAGGUGGGCAAGAAGGGCCCGACGGCAAUGGUGUUCAUGAACAUGGGCGGGCCAGCGACGGUCGAUGAAGUGGGCGACUUUCUCUCUCGCCUCUUCGCCGAUGGCGACUUGAUCCCGCUUGGGCCCCUACAGAGCUACCUCGGACCGCUCAUCAGCAGGCGGAGAACGCCCAAGAUCAAGAAGCAGUAUGCAGACAUUGGUGGAGGGAGUCCCAUCAGGAAGUGGUCCGAAUACCAGGCAGCGGAGAUGUGCAAGAUUCUGGACAAAACGAACCCAGAGUCGGCACCGCACAAGCCCUACGUGGCCUUCCGAUAUGCCAAUCCGUUGACCGAGGAGAUGUACAACAAAUUGUUCGAGGAUGGCUUUGGUAAAGGACGAGGAGGACGCGCAGUGGCUUUCACACAAUACCCGCAGUACUCCUGCUCAACAACAGGCUCCUCCCUCAACGAACUCUGGAAAUGGCGCCAACGCCUCGAAUCGCCGACGCGGAAUGCCGACGCACCUGCUGAGGGCUCUAUUCAGUGGAGCGUGAUCGACCGCUGGCCGACACAUCCAGGUCUCGUCGACGCCUUUGCCGAGAACAUCACCAAGAGGCUCGAAUCCUACCCAGAAGACAUCCGAGACAGCGUGGUCCUCUUAUACUCUGCCCAUUCCCUUCCCAUGUCCGUCGUGAACCGCGGAGACCCAUACCCAGCUGAAGUCGCAGCCACAGUUUGGGCAGUACAGCAAAAGCUAGGACACAAGAACCCCUACAGACUCUGCUGGCAGUCGCAAGUAGGACCCUCAGCGUGGUUAGGAGCACAGACGGCAGAGACAGUACCCAACCUGAUCAAGAAAGGACAAAAGGACAUGAUUCUCAUUCCAAUUGCUUUCACUUCAGACCACAUCGAGACACUGUUCGAGAUCGACCAGGAAGUUAUCCACGAGGCCAAUGAGAUGGGCGCCGAUGGACGUGUGAGGAGGUGUGAGAGUCUGAAUGGCAGCCCGACCUUCAUCAACGCCCUCGCCAAUCUGGCCAGCGACCAUCUCAAGGCCGGUGUGGUGUGCAGCAAGCAAAUGGGUCUGAGAUGUCCGGGUUGUACGAGCGAGAGAUGUCUGGAAAGCAAGAGAUUCUUCAUGGGUCAAGGCGCUCAGCAAGGAAAUGAAGCUGUGACUCUGUAGGUAGUAUGUAAGAGUCCCCAACAGAUCCCAUUUGUAUAUACCUAUUCGCGAAUUUGUUUUAUUAUGGAGAAGAUACCUUGCCUACAUGUUAGCUUACCUAAAAAUGUCAUCAAUGCCAC